AUGUAUGUGAAAUGGUUUGAUACAGUAAUGUUUUACUAUGUUAUUUUAGUGAAUUUAGUGAAUGUCACUUUUUGUCAUUUUCAAAUUUCCCGCCGUUCCGUCCCCCGUACGUCCAGACACUCGCAGGGGACGGAACCCAGAUGACAGAUGCUGGCAUCCGCCGGAGGACAUUGCAGGGGACACUGCAGGAGUGCAGGACAAGGUAAGUGAAGAAGAGAUCCCGGAGCAGCACCGCAUGGUAAGCCCGAGUAUAGCUCGGGGUUACCACUUGUGCUACACUCGGGAAUAUCACCAGGGAGGU